CAAACCCGCUCCGGAGGCGCGCGCCGUGUGUCAGUUGGGUUCACGGGUGCGCGCGUUUAAAAGUAACAGUUAAAACGUCAAAGAAGAAGAGGAAGAAGAAGGCGGGAACGAACUGAGAUUGCUUUUAAAGUUUACUAAACACAGUGAUGAUCUCUGUAAUGAAGCUGUUUACCUCCCAUUCAAUGGAGUGAGGGAUUCUGGGACACUGCUGUAAAAAGGAAUCAAAUUAUGAUUGGGAAUGGCACACAGAGGCGCUUCUGUGCGGGAUGUGUCCUGUUGGACUUCUGGGUGGGAGAGGAAGAGGUCAUGAGAUCGAGCUGUGGCAGGAACAAGAGGCUUCACCGAGCCAUUGGAAAGGAAACUGCAGGACAACCGUUGAGAAAGUGACAUUGUUUAUCAUCCCCUCGCUCUUCGUAUGAGUCAGAAUGAGGCUGAAGCAGGAUGUGAGUCCAGUAGUGGUCGUCAUAUUCAGGCUGGUGGUUUGGCUGUACUCUCUCAUCUCUUACCUGCCGUACCUGUUGCUGAGAUCGUCCGACUUACAGUCGUUCUCCGAGUGCUCACGGAGGGUGAAGGCCAGUUCUGUGAGCGGACACCCUUCGGGACCAUACCGGGACGUCAGAGCGCUGAGGGCGUUGGCCACAUGCCUACAGCCCGGGCUGAACACACUCGACCGGGUGUUUGAAUCGUCCGUAUGCCGCUUUCCUCACUUCGACUGUCUGGGAACCAGGGAUCUGCUGAGUGAGGAAGAUGAAACUCAGGAAGAUGGAAGAGUCUUCAAGAAGGUGAUUUUGGGAGAGUAUCGCUGGAUGUCGUAUGAUCAGGUGUAUAAAGAAGUGAGAGCUUUCGGCAGCGGUUUGGGUGCUCUAGGACAGAAACCUCUGAAAAACAUUGCCAUCUUCUGUGAGACGAGAGCGGAGUGGAUCAUAGCAGCACAGGCCUGUUUCAUGUACAGCUUCCCAUUGGUCACUCUUUACUCUACUCUGGGUGGUCCUGCUAUUGCUCAUGGACUCAAUGAAGCUGAAGUGUCUCACAUCAUCACCAGCAAAGAACUUCUGGAAACCAAACUCAAGAAUAUUUUGCUAGAGGUGCCAAGAUUACGACACAUCAUCGUUGUGGACGACAAACUCAAGAGCGGCUCUGAAUACCCACAAGGCAUCAGUGUCCACAGCAUGGCGGCUGUGAAGAGGCUGGGGGCCCAUCCCGAGAAUGCUUUGAGGCAGAGACGGCCUCCAUGUGCGUCUGAUGUGGCUGUGAUCAUGUACACCAGCGGCUCCACCGGCGUGCCAAAAGGAGUCAUGAUCUCUCACAGUAAUAUUAUUGCUGGAGUCACUGGCAUAGCCGAGAGGAUUCCCAACCUCGGUGAGGAUGACACGUAUAUUGGCUUCCUUCCUCUGGCUCAUGUGUUGGAGUUGAGCGCUGAGAUGGUGUGUUUGGCUCACGGCUGCAGAAUCGGCUACUCUUCACCACAAACACUCGCAGACCAGUCCACCAAGAUAAAGAAGGGAAGCAAAGGAGACAUUAGCGUCCUGCGGCCCACUUUAAUGGCAGCAGUACCAGAGAUAAUGGAUCGGAUCUACAAAAAUGUGAUGCUGAAAGUGGAGGAAAUGAGUGUUUUUCAGAGGACUCUUUUUCUAUUGGCCUACAACUAUAAGAUGGAGCAGCUUGAGAUGGGAUACAGCACACCACUGUGUGACAAACUGGUCUUCAGGAAGGUUCGGGCGUUGUUAGGUGGCCGUUUGCGGGUGUUACUGUCCGGUGGUGCACCUCUGUCGGCCGUGACCCAGCGGUUCAUGAACAUCUGCUUCUGCUGUCCUGUAGGUCAAGGCUAUGGCCUCACGGAGACCUGCGGCGCUGGGACCAUCAGCCAGCUUUGGGAUUACAGUACAGGACGAGUUGGCGCUCCGCUGGUUUGCUGUGAAGUUCAGCUGAAGGACUGGAUCGAGGGUGGAUAUUGCAGCACUGACCGGCCCUGUCCACGAGGGGAGAUUCUGGUCGGCGGGCCCAACGUAACAAUGGGUUACUACAAGAACAAACAGAAGAACAGCGAGGACUUCUUCGUGGAUAAGAAAGGCCAGCGGUGGUUCUGCACCGGAGACAUCGGAGAGUUUCAUGGAGACGGCUGUCUGAAGAUUAUCGAUCGUAAGAAAGACCUGGUGAAGCUUCAAGCAGGAGAAUACGUGUCUCUGGGAAAAGUGGAGGCCGUUUUGAAAAACUGUCCACUUGUUGACAACAUCUGUGCCUAUGCCAACAGUGAUGAGUCUUAUGUGAUCGGCUUUGUGGUGCCCAAUAAGAAGCAGCUGCUUGCGCUGGCUGAGAGGAGGCGAGUCAGAGGAUUGUGGGAGGAGCUCUGUAACAACCCAGUCAUCGAGGAGGAGGUGCUUAAAGUCAUCACAGAAAUGGCACUGACAGCCCAGUUAGAGAGAUUUGAGAUCCCACGCAAGAUCCGCCUGAGCGUCGAGCCCUGGACCCCAGAGACCGGCCUGGUUACAGAUGCUUUUAAACUCAAACGAAAUGAGCUAAAAUCACACUACCAGAACGACAUUGAGAGGAUGUAUGGUGCCAAGUAGAGCCAAACCACUGCUGAUUCCAGACAAAACCCCUGGACAGGCAAGAAAAAGUUACUUAUGUCACUAUAACUCCAACCAGGAUGGAGAUUUCCAAUGGACGUUACAGACGUGAACAUAAUGGUUUGGAAAUGUUUUUAUACAGUGUGAUGACCAACACUCUCAACCAGCAGCACUUAAAAGUGCCAAAAGUGAUGUUAGCCUUGCUAAGUUCUACCAGACUUAGCUGCUAAACUGAAGCUGUUAAAUCCUUUCCAAAUACACGCAUACUCUCCAAAACACUGCAACGUCAACAAAUCAAAAAAGCAAAAAGGUUCAGUGCUGUUACAUGCAUCCAAACAAUCCAAUAAUAAUAGCUCGAUCAGACUUCAUGAAAACACCUCAGUUGAGAUGACUGAGCUUGAUCCAAAUUAAAAAAAUUAUGUCAUACAAACGUGCGUUCAUUCACGUGUCACAUUUAAUGAACUGGGGUGCGUUUCCCAAAACCAUAGUUGCUAACUAAGUUAGCAACUUUGUUGGAUGCAAUGCAAUUUCCCAUUGCCAACCAACUAAGUUGCUAACAGGUUAGCAACUAUGGUUUUGGGAAACACACCCCUGGUCAGUGGAGGAGACAGAAUAUGUACUAAAUACAGUAUUUGCUAAAAAAAAAUCAGUUCUUUCAUAUAUUUUAGAAAUAUAUGUUUUAGAAAUCAAGGCAAAAACUGCAUUUAUGCUUGCAGCAGCUCAGGUGAAAGUGCUGGAUUGGAUUCAAACCAAUUGACAAAACAUUAGUGCAUGUAAACAUACUUACUGUGAUUUCUCAGGCCAUUUUAUAUGUUACUGCCACAAAAAAAAAGCUUUAUUAUGGCUUUAAAUACUUCCCAUGAUGCUUUGGAUCUCCAAAAUGUUGCUCAGUAGGUCAGUCUCGCUCUGUGUCGCACGUCCCAGUUCUUGUUCUUCCCCAUACACAAACAAUGCAUUAUGGGAUGUUUUUCUAAGCUCACGUUCUCAUUGGAAAUUCAGAUUCAAACAAAUACAACACAUAGAUAUCUUAAUGAAACUCUUCAAACACCUGUUUAAAUCAGCAAUUUUCUCUCCAAACACAUCUGGAAUAUUAAAGCCAUUAUUUGCUUUUUUCAAUCUUUACGUAACCUUCAUUUAAUACUGUCAGAAGGAGACCAAUUAUCUAGACAAAUCUAAUAUAUGUAAACUUAAUUUAUGGUUGAAAUAAUUGGCUUUAUUUAAAUAUGAUAGCUUGCUUAUUGGGGAGUAUGAAAUCCCGAAAGCAUUUCUGCUCAUUGGAUGAUUCUGAUUGAUGUUCUAGGACUGGAAUGUUCCUGUUGGGUGACUGUAUCUCCUGCUGGACAGGAUAAUAGAUCUAGUAUAAUUAUACUAAUAUAAUCCAUUCAAAGCAGUUUCAUUUAACUUUUUGACAUGAUUUUGCUCAUUCAGGGAGCUUUUCCACUCUUUUUCUAUAGAUAAACUAGUUAAAACCCCACAACUGCAAGUUAUACAGUCCAAUUCUGAGGAAAAAAUAAAUUAAAUCUUACAACUGUUCCAAUUCUCAUGAGAUUAAAUCUUGCAAUACCGACUUAAUAAAUUACUUUAUUUUAUAAUUUAUCAGAACUUUUUUUUUAUUCAGUGGAUGAAACAGGCUCCCAUGAAACACCAUGUAUGCUGAAAUAAACUGAAUGAAUAAAUAAA